GCGUGGUGUGUGUGUCUCUUUAAGAAGUUUCUGUAAUUUGAUUCUCACAAGAAUGAAUUGCCUUCCAGAUACCUUCGCCAACACUGCCAGCCAUAACGGAACAGCCACUUGAAAUUGCUUCUUUCGAAAAAGAAAAAAAAUGCACGCUUCUGUGCUAGAGAAUACAUACAAUAUGCGGCAUCGUUAGGGCAUUUUCAAGAGCAUCAUCGUCUGACGGUUAUGAUGACGAAGUGCCUGGCAUAUUGCGUUUGUAAUGCAUUAACGGUAUGGAGCGUGUUGGUUUUCAGAAAAUAGCACUAAGUGCAGGGCGUAUGAUGUAUUUUUAACAGAAGAAGAAAGGGUUGAACUGCUAUGGAGUUCUUCAACCAGCUGAUUCUUGCCGUCUCAGUGGCCAGUUUCAUCACGUUUCAAGUGCUAUUUCACUAUCUAAGCUCCUGGGUGUCUACCUAUGUCAGCCCUGGUUUUAAAAAACUAAGUGAAAAGCAGAAGAUAGAAUGGAACUCCAGGACAGUGUCAACUUUCCAUGCCUUGGUGGUUGGAAUAUUUUGUUUGUAUAUACUACGCUUCGAUGAUGCUGUCAAUGAAGACCCUGUCUGGGGCGAUCCUGCACUGGUGAAACUAAAUGUUGCAGUAACCACUGGCUACCUCAUUUCAGACCUGCUGCUCAUUUUUUACCAUUGGAAGGCAAUCGGGGACAAGUUUUUUGUAGUGCAUCACCUGGCAGCACUGUAUGCUUACUACUAUGUACUGGGCCAAGGGUUGUUGCCAUAUUUUGCUAACUUCCGUCUGCUUGCAGAGUUUUCCACUCCAUGUGUUAAUCAGCGCUGGUUCUUUGAAGUGUUAGGUUACCCCAAAUCUUCCAAGCCCAACAUAGCCAAUGGAGUCUUGAUGGCAGUAAUAUUCUUCCUGGUGAGGAUUGCUGUCAUGCCCAUAUACUAUGAACGCAUGUUCUCCAUCUAUGGAACAGAAGCCUUUUACAGGCUGCCGUUUGGGGGUCGCAGUGCUUGGAUGUGCUCAAGCAUCUGUUUGGAUGUUAUGAACGUGAUGUGGAUGCACAGAAUUGCCCGAGGAUGCUACAGAGUUCUACGUUAUAGGAAGAAAACUGAAGUAGAUGCACAGGAGAACGGCAAAAUUGACUGACCUGGGCACUUUAAUUACCAUUUUAAAUAGUUGUCUAUUAAUAUACUCAUGCAACUGUUAAUAUAACAGGAUCAAUCAACUUUGUACGCUGUUUUUAUUUAUUUUAUUUUUUUUGCAAGUUUUUGCUUCAAAAGACUUCACCUUGAUGAUGCAUAAACUUCUAAACAUUAACCGUUAUUUUUAGUUGAUAUGUGAGAACUGACAGCUGACUUGUAGCUAACAGGUAGCAAUACUUAUUUUGUGUAUGGCAGAACUGCAGGUCACACACAUUUUAGUAAUCUUAAUAA